GAACCACUGAUCUAUAUAAUGCUUUAUUACCUAGGAAAAGGGAAUAAGAGAGUUACUUACAGGUUAAAGCAAGAAAACAUACAUACACAAAUGAGUUACCAUCUACAUCCUAAGAGUGACAGAGUUGUAGUGAUCUGUCAAUUCAAAGUGUUUUUCAGGGCAGAAACAGGAAUCAGUCCCUGGGUAUCUCAGGGUACGUCCAGACUACCCGUCGUAUCGGCGGGUAGCGAUCGAUUUUUCAUCUAGACGCGAUAUAUCGAUCCCCGAACACGCUCCCGUCGACUCCGGAACUCCACCGGAGUGAGCAGCGGUAGCGGAGUUGACACGGGGAGCAAUGGACAUCGAUCCCACGUCGUGAGGACCCAAGACAAGACAAAACUGAACAUGGAUUUUUCAGCUGCCUAUGAUUUGCUGGUGGACGGUGUCCAGGACUGGGAUCUUACCAGUGACUCUGUUCCUUGUGAGCUGCUGCUCACUGGCGAGACUGCCUUCCCAGUGCUGGUGAACCCCCGGGGGCAGGUCCUGAUUGCUGCCUCACAGUAUGGGAAAGGCCGGAUGGUGGUCGUCUCUCAUGAGAGCUACCUGGGGAGUCCCAAGAUGGCUCGGUUCCUACAUAAUGCUGUGGGUUGGCUCAGUGCCUCCCCAGGAGCGGUGGUUGGUGUCCAGAAGAGUUUGAGCUCCCUGGUGAACAUUCUCAGUAGUUCCGGCACCCAAGUGGAGCCAAGUACGGAGCUCAUUGCCUCAUUUGGAGUUUACUGUAUGGAUGCCUAUGAUGCUGCACAGGGGAGGGAGCUGAUCCAGUUUGUGAAGAGAGGAGGGGGUCUGCUCAUUGGGGGUCAGGCUUGGCACUGGGCCUCUGGACACAGCACAGAGAGAGUGCUGUUCGAUUUCCCUGGGAAUCAUAUAACCAGCGUGGCAGGAGUUUAUUUCACUGAUGUAUAUGGUGAGACGGGGAUCUUCAGUGUCUCAGAUAAAGUGGCUGCAAUUCCCUUGAUUGCUCCGCAUGGGCUAGAUUUCAGCAGAGACUUAAACCUUCUCCUAAGAGGUGUGUCAGAGCUAGACAUAGUGACAGAUGGUGUGCCCUCUCACCUGCUGGUCCAUGGCACACUGGCCUUCCCCCUUGGCUUGGACAGCGCCUAUCAAUGCUUUCUUGGAGCAGCUCACUAUGGCCGGGGCCGUGUGGUGGUGGCUACACAUGAGGUCCUUCUUAGCACCCCAAAGCUCACAGACUUCAUCCUCAAUGCCAUUCACUGGCUGGGUGCUGAGAAGAGAGGGAGAAUUGGCAUCAAUCCUAAUCUGAAGAACCUUCAUGACCUGCUGACUCAAAGACAGGUGGUGUGCGAGAUCUCAGAGCUUACUGACAAUCUCAGCAUCUACUGCUGCCAGUCCUACAGUGACAAUGAGGCCAAGAAGAUCCAUGAGUUUGUGGCAGAAGGAGGGGGCCUGCUGAUUGGAGGUCAGGCUUGGUGGUGGGCUUCUCAGAAUGAGGGCCAAAAUGUUCUGGCUGAAUAUCCUGGCAACAAAAUCCUCAAUGGGUUCGGGAUCAGCAUUCUGGGGGAAACCAUGGAGGUAGGCAAAUACCCAGUGUUACGACCCGAAGAGCAGUGGGGACAUUACCAUUUCCGCAGGGCACUCGCUCAGUUCCAGCAGCACUUAGACAAGAAGGAGGAACUCCAGCCCCCAGUGACAGGCUGGCUUCAGAAACUGAGCCGGGAUUGUGCCAAAGUCCUUCAGAUCCCAGUAAAAAAUGGCCACGUCUAUGCCUCAUUGUACCACAUCCUAUACGAGAUGGUGCAGAGCAAUGGGAUCCCAUCGGUGAGCAAGGAACACCCAGUCAAGGGGAACUCCAAGGAGGUCGUGCUGCUUCACGUGGCUACAGCAUUAUGCCAAACCAUGUCCGACUGUGCGAGGCUAGCACUCUGUGAACUCCCCACAGUCCCUAGCACCACUGUGGAAAUCAACUGCACAAACUCAGGUGAUGCAGCAUGGAGGAGCACAGGACUUUACCUUCCACGUGGGAACACAGUGACCUUUAUAUUUCCUAGUACUGUUACUGGAGUUGGCCUGCAGGUGCAGAUUGGGUGUCACUCAGAUGACCUCAGCAGAGCAGAGGAGCUGAAACGCCCCCCUGUGGUGAUACGCAGAUGUGAUGUCAAAGAUCAGAAGAUGUCAGUCUCCUCUCUCUGGGGGGGCCUCAUUUACAUCAUAGUGCCAAAGGGAAGCCAGCUGGGGGGAGUGUCGAUCGCUGUAAAAGGGGCUGUGCAGGCUCCUUUCUUCUGGCUUGGAAAGACAUCUAAGAGCCAGUGGCUGACUUGCAUCCAUCACUAUCCAGCUCCGUGGGCCGAACUAGCUACCCAAAAUAUCAUCUUAACGGUGCCUGCUGACAGCAUCCGUCCCAUAGACGAUCCAGAGCCUUUGCUGACCCUCUGGGAGCGGAUUAUGGCAGCUGUAGCUGAGCUGGCUGCUACAGGAGCCACGUUCCCUCAGCCAGAAAGGAUUGUAGCAGAUGUUCAGAUCUCAGCCGGCUGGAUGCACGCUGGCUACCCAAUCAUGUGUCAUUUGGAUUCAGUAAAGGAGUUGGUGAACAUGGAAUACAUGCACGCGAAUGGCCUUUGGGGUCCCUUGCAUGAGCUGGGACACAACCAGCAGCGGGCAGGCUGGGAAUUCCCCCCUCACACUACUGAAGCCACCUGCAACCUGUGGUCUGUCUAUGUGCAUGAGAAGGUGCUGGGGAUCCCCAGGGACAGAGCCCACGAAGAGCUACAGUUGAAGAACCGCAAGAAGAGAAUCAGCGAUUACCUUGGCAAAGGAGCCCAGCUAAAGGAUUGGAAUGUCUGGACUGCACUGGAGACCUACCUGCAGCUGCAGGAAGCCUUUGGCUGGGAACCUUUCAUCCAACUCUUCUCUGAAUACCAGACAAUGUCUAACAUCCCCACAGACAACCCUUCCAAGAUGAACCUGUGGGCAGAGAAGUUCUCUCGGCAGGUGAAGAAGAAUCUGGCCCCUUUCUUUGUGGCUUGGGGCUGGCCCAUCAAGGGGGAAGUCUCUAAGAAGUUGGCAUCUCUGCCCAACUGGGAUAAGAACCCAAUGAAGAAAGUGUGAUGCUUUAUUCAUAUGGAAUGGUGGCUGUAAUUUCUGGAGAUAAUUCAGAGUUGCUUGUCUUUCCUAUAAGGCUAGAUUCAAAUCUGUAUGGUGCAAGUUUAUUAAUUAUCUGUUUCAUGCUUGUUGGUAUUUCUGAAGUAAUUUGCCUUUGCCUUUGCCAUGUGAAGUAUAGUUAGUAUAUCUAUAUCUGGGACCUUUCACCCAGAUAGAAAAGUUGACCUACAUAUUGAGACCUUUCACUUAAAUAGCAAGUCAACACCCACACAUAUGUCUAAGACCUUUUACCUAGAUAGAUAGAUCGAUCAUGGAAGAAUGGCAUGCGGGGGGGGGGUGUCCAAGUAUGUACCCACAGACUUAACAGGUACACCACAAGGAAAGAACUGAAAUGACUAAAGAACAAAAUAAUGUGUAUGGAUGUACAUGUCAUCAAUACGCACAAACAUACUAGCCUAUGGAGUAAGUGUACCCUAACAUUUUUGUGGGCGAGGAAUGAAGUUUGGGCAUAGGAGGAAGGAUUUCCGGCACUUGUGCCCUAUAAAAGAGGUGACCCACCUCUCUAGAGUAUUCUAUUCUAUCUACAACAACUACUACCAUUAGUAGGCUGUACUUGUUUUCUUAACUUUCUAACUUCCAAGGGGACUAGGCUAAGCUUGGUUUCCCUACUUUUUUUCUUAAUUUGUUUAUUAGGUUUUGAUUUUAAGUUUAAGUUAGUUAAGUAAACUCUAAGUUAGCUUUGAUAGCUCUUAGCGUUAGCUUCUUCUAAGCACUGCAUCUCUCACUCAAGAAUUGAGAAACCUGAACCACCAAAGGCGAGGCUGGUCCUGUGCCUUGAUAACCACCAAGUUAUCAAGAAAGGGUGUGAGUAUAUUAACCAAAGCUUUGUAGCAUCUAAUACUAUAUUACCAUAUGUAUCUUUUGAAUAGCAGCAAUGCAAUUGUAACUUUGUAACUCUGAUUAUUUUACCAUUUAA